AUGGCUACCCCCCGAGGCCGUCUCCAAGGCAAGAAUGCCAUCAUCACCGGUGCCGCAGGCGGUAUUGGACUCGAAACUAGCAUCUUAUUCGCCCGCGAAGGCGCCAAUGUCCUGAUGGCAGACAUCUCCGCGUCGGCUCUCGAAAAAGCCCUCGCGAAGGUCAGAGAGCUCGUCCCUGACGCGCCCCGUGUUGAGACCAUCAAGUGCGACGUCUCCAAGGAAUCCGAGGUUCAGGCUAUGGUCGAGUCCCAGGACUCCUGGGGCGGCACAGAUGUGAUCUUCAACAAUGCCGGAAUCAUGCACGCGGACGACGCCGAUGCCAUCGACACUCCUGAGAAAAUUUGGGACUUGACGCAGAACAUCAACGUCAAGGGCGUGUGGUUUGGAUGUAAACAUGCGGUACUGAGCAUGCGGAGACACAAGAAGAGCAAGGGCAGUAUCAUCAACACGGCGAGUGUUGUUGCGCUGGUCGGGAGUGCCACGCCGCAGCUGGCGUACACGGCGUCCAAGGGUGCUGUGCUGGCGCUGACGAGGGAGCUGGCGAUCGUGCAUGCUCGGGAGGGAAUCCGGUUCAAUGCACUGUGCCCGGCACCAUUGAACACUCCACUCUUGCAAGACUGGCUGGGUGACGACCAGGCCAAGCGUCACCGCCGCGAAGUGCAUUUCCCCAUGGGACGGUUCGGAGAGGCCAUUGAGCAGGCUCAUGCGGUGGUCUUCCUGGCCAGUGACGAGAGCAGCUUUGUCAAUGGAGCCGACUUUGUUGUUGACGGUGGCAUGAGCAAGGCGUACGUUACCCCUGAGGGACCGGCUCCUCCGGCUCCUAAGAACCAGGCUCAAUAG